AUGACGGCGGUCUGGCAGCAGCGGAUGGCGGCCGAUGUUUCUUAUGUGAGAAUCCAAGGUAGGGUUGCUAUGGAGUCAACUGAUGAUCAAGGCAUGGACAGUGGCAUUGAUCGGAUCAGCCUGCUGCCUACUGAGAUCCUGCACAAUAUUCUAUCCGUUGUGAGGAUCAGAACUGUUGUGCGGAUGCGUAGGCUGUCCAUGAGGUGGAGGCAAGGUUCCGACAUGAAGGUUAUGUUGGAAAAGCAGCUGCCCGCAUGCUCGGUGUUUGAGAAUCUUGAAACUCUUGAAAUUGGUGACUGGUGUUUGACUGAUAACUUCAACAUUGUACUUUGCUUCCUCCAGCUGUCACCAAGACUAAAAAGACUUACCUUAGUGCAAAGAAAGCUUCCCGAAGAAGCAAAUGGAGUGAAAGUAGAUGCCGUGCCAAUCAAUGGAAUGACCUUGCAGUGUCCACUCCUUGAAACGGUCGUAAUACGGUGUUCCAAGGAUGAUAGGGAAAUUCAUAAGAUGGUGAAUGCAAUGGUAGCAAAUGGGGUCAGCUUGGAGAAGAUAAAUGUUAAAUUCUAUGAAGUUUUGGUAGAGAAGGUCAUUGCAGAGAUAAUACGUUCAAGACAUGAACAGGAGAAGGAAUUUGCCAUCUUUGAGAAGACAAUGGAGGAAAAUCCAGAAUGGGUAGAUGACAGUAUUUAUGCAAGGAGUGACUCUAAUAAUAAUAACAACGAGGAGGGGAUUGAAGAUGAAGAAGAUGAUGAGUGGGAGGAUGAAGAUGAUGAGGAGUCGGAGGUCAAAGAUGAAGAAGUUGAUGAGUGGGAGGAUGAAGAUGAUGAUGAGUCAGAGGAUGAAGAUGACGAGGAGUCGGAGGUCGAAGAUGAUGACCUGGAGGAGGAUGGUGUAUUAGACAACAAUGAAGAUGGCAAUAACAAUGGCAUGAAUGGUAAUGGUGUUGACAAUAAUGUAGAUGGGAAUGACGGUAACCUGGAGGAUGGCAUCAACAACAAUGAAGAUGGCAAUGACAAUGGCUUGGAGGAGGAUGGUAUCGACGACAAUGAAUUUGACGACGACGAUUUCUAG